AUGAGAUCUUAGAAAACAACAUCUGCCAGUCUGAUCUAAGUCAACAACGAAGUAGACCUCUCCUAUUUCAAGAGAAUGCUAGAAGACACUAAGAGGCGACUUGACUAGCUUAGUUUCAUCGAGCAGAGAGCAGCAAUGGUCGGUUCAAUCUCAAGUCUAGAGGAUGAAAUAACAAUAGCUUAUGAUGAAAUAAAGAAGAACGAGAAGGAUCUGAACAGUAUUUUCUCUGUCGCAGAGUUCCUAUUUGAUAAUCGAGAAGACUUGUACUUGAAAUAUGAAGAGGAGCAGCAGAAAGUUGAAGAUCAGAAGCGAGAAAUUCACGGACUCAAUCAAAAGAUUGACUCUAUUAUGGAAGAACUCACUCAGAAGUCUCAAAACAUAGACAGACUUAAUAAAGCAAUGCAAACUCUAGAGAAGCAAAUCAAAGAUUAAAGGACUGAGAAUGAAAAACUCAAGAAAAAGGGUGAGGACUGGAAUAAAAAACAUGAUGUCCUCAAGGAGAGUUUGCAAUAAUAGAUAGAUAAAACAUAAGAAAUAGAGGAGACUAGCUAAGAUAAGGUUAAAGAUUAUGAAACGAGACUAUAAGAGCUGUAGACUAUGCUUAAUGAGUACAUAGGCAAUAAUGAGAAAUAGACUUUGAUAAAUGACGAAAAAGACCUAGAAAUCAGCAGACUCAGAAGAGAAAAUGAAGACCUACAGAAGGUAAAGAAGAAUUCAACUGAAAAGAUAAUGGAGUAUCAAGCUAUUAAUGAACGCUUGAGAAAAGAUAAAUAAAUAUUAGAGGAUGCAAAGAAUGAGCUUAACAAGAAAAUGGAGAUGAUGGAGAUGCUUCAAAAGAGCGCUGCUAUGGUGAUGGGCAAAAAUGACUUUGAAGAUGAAAAUAUAGGUGGUGGCGGCCUCGGCGGUGACUUAAAGGACUUUGAAGAUAUGGACAAUAGCUUCAAUGGAGGAGAGUUAAAUAAUAGCAAUAAUAAUCUUAGUCGAUCUGAUCAAAGAGACAGCAGAAGAGGAACAUUUUAGAUGGAUUUAAAUCAAUCAUUAAACAGUGACCAGUAAGAGUUUCAAAAUAAGCUGUUUGAUAUGCAACAGCAAUAUAGCACAGUAUAGCCUGAAAUAGGAUCAUAUAGAAAUAGUUUAAACGUUGAAAAUAAUCAGAUAUUUACCAAUGAGCUACUAAAUAACAUUAAACCUGAAACAAGGGACUUUGAGAUAUAGACAGAAGUAUUACAAGUGACAGAGAAGAAAAUAUAGACAGAAAAUGCUGGAUAAUUAUCAGUAAAUAUCUAGACAGACAAAGCUGAGAAUAAAUCUAUUGGUAUUUAAGCAGUCUAAGCAAUUGAAACAAGUGAUUAAGAAAUCUAAACUGAAUCUGAGGAGGAACAGUUAGUUUCUCUAUCGCUAAACGUUUUUAGAUUCGAUUUAAAGCCAACUAUCUAAGUCUAGCUUUAGCAAUAAUCACCUAUAAAGAAGGUUGAAAAUUCAUAGUCACCAAAUAAAAGAAUAUCUAGGAUGAUGAUUAAACCUAAAGGCUUUGAGAAUUUGUAGAUCUCGAUGACUGAUGGCAACAACGAAGACUCACCUAAAAAUGAACUUAACUUGAAAUAAGUUCCAGCAACCGAAAAAGCAGAUGGUCAGAAGAAGAAAUUUGACUUAACUCAACAGUCAGACUUUGAAUAAAUGAGGACUGCUCCUAGCAUCUAAACUCCUUCUUCCAAGUCUAGUUUCUUUAUGAAAGAUCAGCUGACUAAUGAUUACUUUAUGAACAGAGACCCAAUGAAAGAAUUCUUUGCUUUGGUAAGCAUAAUAUUAAUUUCAUGA